UGGUGGUGGUAUAACAGCCAUGGCCCUGCCAGCAGUGUUUGGCCUGCCAGUCCUUCCUCCAGAGCUGUUACUGAGGGUGCUGAGACUGCUGGAUGUCUCCUCUCUCCUGGCCCUCUCCUCGGUAAACAGACACCUUCACCAAACCACCACAGACCCGGCCCUCUGGAGACACCUCUACCGCAGAGACUUCCGAGACAGCCAAGACCACAGCAGAGACACUCAGUGGAGAGAGCUCUACAAGAAGAAGUACAAGUGGAGGAGAGAAGCAGCCAGUUACCGGCACCACAUGCCCCGUUACCACCCUGUCCCCCCACCGCUCUACCCCCUCCACCCCCUCCCCAACAACCCCUUCCCCUUCUACCCGCCUGGCAUCAUCGGUGGGGAGUACGACCAGAGACCUGGCAUCCCCGGUGGCAUUCUGCCCCGCCCCCGCUACGACCCUAUUGGUCCGCUCCCAGGUCACGAUCCCACAGCAGGAGGGCUGAUUGGACGAAGGGGGCUGAGACCUGCUGGGAACCGGCCGGCUGACAUCAGAAGAGGGUUCAUAUGACCUCCCUGACCAGUGACCUCUAGUGGUGGUGUAGGAGUAUGACCACCACACAGAGAAGCUUAAAUAAAACAGAGAUGUUGAAGACUGACUUGUUAGCCUACCUUAAAUAAGGCACCUGAGUGCUAUAGUCACAGAUAAAUGGUGUUGUUCGGGCUAUAAACACUAACCCUCAUCCAGCCUGCUUAUUAUCCCCUAAACCUCAUCCAGGUGUUUUUUAUA